AAGCAAGCACUGCCAAAUCCACACUCACCUUCUCUUCUCCAUCAGAAAAACAACAAAAAUGUACACUCCUACUCACCUCUACUCCUCCUCCUCAUCCCAUCACCAGGAAUCUACCAGAAUAAUCCCAUAUUCUCCUCUCCCUUUCUUCACUCUCUCUCUCUUCGCACCCUUUCUACUAAGUCAUGUCUAACUCUUACUUUCUAUCUUCCAUCAGAAACACCAUAGCACCCGAACCUUUCUUAAUUCAAAAAUGUCAUCUCAACCUCCCCAAACAUAGUCAUUCUUUAAUUUCACAUGAAACCCAAUUCCCCAAGAAAGAGACUUCAAUUUCUAAGCCCAUUAAGUCCUCUCUCUCUCUUCUGAGACUCAAGCCUCAUAAGUUGUUCACCUACCCAUCUGCUGCUUUAUCAUCUUUUGCUGAAGCAGAAGGUGAAGAAGAAGGUGAGCAAAUCCAAGCCAAAGAACAUCAACAAGAUGGGAAGUCUGAUGAAGCUUUGCCAGGAAUGGCACAGGCUUUCCACAUAUCUUCUAGCACAGCUUCUGCUAUAUCAAUAUGCAUAGCAUUGGCAGCUCUUACCUUCCCUCUUUUCAUGCAAUCCUUAGGUCAGGGGUUGGCCUUGAAGACCAAAGUGUUGUCUUAUACGACUCUCUUGUUUGGUUUUUACAUGGCUUGGAACAUUGGAGCCAAUGAUGUAUCCAAUGCAAUGGGGACUUCGGUGGGUUCCGGUGCUCUGACGAUCCGGCAGGCCGUGUUGACGGCGGCGGUGUUGGAGUUUUCUGGGGCAUUGUUAAUGGGAACUCAUGUGACCAGUACAAUGCAGAAGGGAAUUCUUGUUGCUAAUGUUUUCCAAGGGAAGGACACUUUACUUUUUGCUGGGUUGCUCUCUUCUUUGGCUGCUGCUGGCACUUGGUUGCAGGUUGCGUCAUAUUAUGGCUGGCCUGUAUCCACUACACACUGUAUUGUAGGAUCCAUGGUUGGAUUUGGUCUCGUCUAUGGGGGACCUGGUGCUGUCUUUUGGAGUUCUCUGGCAAGAGUGACUUCAUCAUGGGUGAUCUCGCCUUUAAUGGGAGCAAUGGUGUCGUUUCUUGUCUACAAAUUCAUCCGUAGGUUUGUUUACAGUGCUCCAAACCCGGGACAAGCUGCUGCAGCAGCUGCACCAAUUGCCGUCUUUGUGGGUGUUACCGGAAUCUCUUUUGCAGCAUUCCCUCUUAGCAAGAGACUUCCUCUAGCUCUCAUCCAAGCUUUGGCCUGUGGCACUGCUGGUGCAGUCGUAGUCUCCAGAAUUAUCCAGAGACAGCUUGGUCACCUCCUUGUCAAGUCCAGUUCUACACCACCAGAGCCAAAGGGGGAUACCAUCCAAAAUAAAAACCAAGGAUUUCUCUCAGCUGAAAUUGCAGGUCCGACUGGUACUCAGCUGGAAAUAGUUUAUGGGGUCUUUGGCUAUAUGCAAGUCUUGUCAGCCUGUUUCAUGUCAUUUGCCCAUGGAGGAAAUGACGUCUCUAAUGCAAUAGGCCCCUUGGCUGCAGCAUUAUCUAUUCUUCAAGGUGGGAUGAGUGCAGCUCAGAUUGUGAUUCCUAAUGAUGUCCUUGCUUGGGGAGGAUUUGGGAUUGUGGCAGGGCUUAUGAUGUGGGGAUAUCGAGUGAUGGCUACAAUCGGGAAAAAAAUAACAGAACUAACUCCAACCAGAGGCUUUGCGGCUGAGUUUGCUGCUGCUUCAGUGGUUCUCUUUGCAUCUAAGCUGGGACUUCCCAUCUCAGCAACUCAUACCCUAGUUGGUGCGGUCAUGGGGGUGGGAUUUGCUAGGGGACUUAAUAAUGUGAGAGCAGAAACCGUAAAGGAGAUUGUGACUUCUUGGGCUGUGACAAUCCCAGUUGGCGCCAUCUUUGCUGUUAUAUACACAUGGAUCUUGACUAAGCUCUUGUCAUAUGUACUCUGAGAGAUUACUGUGUGAACUGCUUGAUGCAUGUGAUUAAUUGAAAAUUGCCAAUCUUUUUGGAAUAAUAAUAAUUCUUUGAACUUGAGGAGUUUCCGCUAGAUGGAUAUCAGUGUAUGCUGUACUGAGAAAACAAAUUUGGUUUGGUUGCAUGAAUUCGAGGAGUGUUUUUGGCUUGGAUAAUCC